AUGGACGGAUAUGGUAGAACUACCUGAUUCUGUCACAAGUCUUUCUAAUUUGCAGACGUUGGAUCUCAAUAACUGCGAAUUAAAAGUCAUUCCUGACUCUAUUUCUGGUCUGAAAUCUCUUAGAAUUUUAAAUCUGUCAGACAACCCUUUUGAAGAAUUACCUGUUUCUGUCACCACCCUCUCCAAUCUGGAAACAUUAGAUGUCAAUACCUGUACAAAUCUAAAAGCCUUACCAGAGUAUGUGGCAUGUCUUUCUAAAUUGAGAUUAUUUGAUUUCAAAAAGUGUCCAUUGCUUAGAGAAUUACCCAAUGAUUUUGGAGCUUUGACUCAGUUAAGAUCUCUUGCCCUAAAUGAUACUAAGAUCGAAGUACUACCAGAGUCUUGUGUUAACCUCCACAACCUUGAGUAUGUGAACCUUUUCUAUUGUGAGGUUCCCAAAGAUGUAAAGAAUUGGAAACUAAUACUUGGUUUAGGGAAACUAAUUUUCCUUGAAGAGUUGGUUUACGUGGUACCAGAAAAACUAAACACAGAAGCAGAAGGUAACGAAGGUCUUGAAGAGUUAGGGAAUCUAAACUUUCUUGAGUUGCUGUUUAUCACGAAUCUUGAGAAUGUGAAAGACCCGGUAGAUGCUGAGAGGGCGAAUCUGAAAGGAAAACAGAAUCUUCGUAGAUUGUGUCUGCGUUGGGGAGUGGCCAUGAUGAUGAUGCGGGACGAGAAUUCGUGUAAUUUUCAAGUAUUUGAAGCUCUCCAACCUCCCUCUGGUUUGAAACUAUUGGGUAUUCAUAACUUCAUGGGGUCGGACCUUCCCAUGUGGAUGUGUGGAUCUGGUAUUCCAGAUUUGGUAAAGUUGGAACUCGUACACUGCGUUGGAAUAAAACAACUACCAUCAUCUAUUGGGCAGCUCCGAAGUCUUCGAUUUCUUGUUCUUGCAGGAUUGUCUUUGAAGAGUUUUGAUAUUGGCGAAUUUCCUUCGUUACUGACUCUCGAACUUUCUGAUAUGGUCCUUCUAGAGGAACUCAGUAAUUCAUAUCCUUCUUGUCUUCAAAAACUGAUUAUCGACGGCUGCAAGAGUUUAACAGAAAUCCCUUCAUUUCCUUCUGUGACGGAAUUGAAAUUAGUGAAGGUCGACAGCAAGUUAGUAUGCUCAGUUGGGAGAAGCCAGACAUUUCUUGCAAAUCUAGUUUUGGAGAAUAUUGAGGAGCUUAUAUACUUCCCAAUAAGAAUACUCCAAAACAAUUGCAACAUUCAAUCGCUGUACAUUGAUGGUUGUAAUCAGUUGGAAGGCUUUGGUGUAAUUGAUGAUGAGAAGAAGAACAUGGUUCCUCUGUAUGGCCAUGGACUCUACACCGGGUCUCUUCAGAAAUUGUAUCUCAUCGACUGCCCAAUUUUUAAGUUUCUUCCAGAUUUACGAGGAUGGACUUCUCUAGGGGGAUUAAUCAUCUUCAACUGCCCACAAGUGAAGGAGUCUUUAACCUAUGAUCUCAGAGACCUCUCUUUUCUUAAAGAACUGCGGGUUGAUUUUAUUCAAAGAGACGAGAAGCGAGGGGAUCCAACUACUACUACGGAAUUGAUUAAUUUGAUGAACAAGUAGCAGGAACGUGCAAUUGGAACCGUAUCUGAGAUCCAUUUCCUCUCUUAAAUGAUGAUAAAGCAGAGCCCACUAUUUUGUCAGAAUCCGACUUAGCUCAUAUGCAGGACUUACCAAGUGAAUCCAAACAGGGAUGUUAAAUAACCAAAUCAGAAAGCC